UGUUCGGACAACAGCUUGCAUAUUUCAGUACCAUUCAGGAAGGCUCAAGCGAAUGAAAAAUAUCUGCAGUAUUUGACUUGCUGCAUACGUACGUCUCAAGAAUCGCCUUUUCUUAGAUCAUCGAAAGAUAAAAGGUACUAUUUGCAGAAGAAAUUUUCUGUUCUGUGGUGAUUGGAUGGGAGGGAUCUUUAACCUUGGACACGGAAGAUGUUGUUACUAUGGAAACUGCUAAUACUGUUGUCAUUCAAGGACUGCCUUGCAGAGAGACAUGCAUUACACGGACCAGUGUUCACACAAGAGCCAAGUGACAUUACAUUUCCUUUUGAUUCUGAGAACAGGAAGGUGUUUAUUAAUUGCAAAGCACAGGGAAACCCACCACCAGAAUACAGGUGGAAGCUAAAUGGAAUAGACAUUGACCUUGGUAUGGAUUACCACUAUAGUUUGGUGGAAGGUAACCUAUUGAUCAAUAACCCUGACAAAAACCGACAUGGUGGAACUUACCAGUGUUUUGCAACCAAUUCAUUUGGAACCAUUGUGAGCAGAGAAGCAAACGUUCAGUUUGCAUAUCUUGAAAACUUCAACAGUAAAUUAAGAAAUGCAGUGCCAGUUCGAGAGGGACAGGCUGUUGUACUGCUGUGUGGACCACCUCCACAUUCAGGAGAACUAACAUAUUCAUGGAUUUUCAAUGAGCAUCCAAACUUUGUGCAGCAGGACAAUCGGCGAUUUGUGUCACAAAAGACAGGAAAUUUAUACAUAGCAAAAGUGGAAGCAUCAGACGUAGGCAAUUACACCUGCGUAGUCAGGAAUGUUGUAACCAACGCCAUUGCUUUGAGUUCUCCAACUCCUGUAGUACUACGGAGGGAUGCUGUGAUGGGAGAAUAUGAGCCCAAAAUAGAAGUUCAAUUUUCAGACUUAGUUUCUGUUGCUAAAGGCUCAUCAGUAAAGCUGGAAUGCUUCGCCUUGGGAAACCCUGUCCCUGUAAUAACAUGGAGAAGAGCAGAUGGCGCCCCUUUCCCAGGCAAAGUCAAAAUGAAUAGUUCCAGUGGGGUCCUUGAAAUUCCAUACUUCCAGCAAGAGGAUGCAGGUGCAUAUGAAUGUAUUGCUGAAAACUCAAGAGGGAGGAAUACUGCAAGAGGAAGGCUGACCUUCUAUGAUUUUGAACACCUGCAAUGGGUCCAGACACUGAAAGAUUCCUAUAUGGCUAUUGAAGACACUCUUUUCUGGGAGUGUAAAGCUAGUGGGAAGCCAAACCCUGUGUACAGGUGGUUGAAGAAUGGAGACCCACUGGACAGAAUUCAAGGAGAAAAUAAUUGGUUAACAAUUACAAGACUCAAUUUAACUGAUUCAGGAAUGUAUCAGUGCUUAGCAGAAAACAAUCAUGGGACCAUAUAUUGCAGUGCAGAGCUUAAAGUUAUAGCUUCUCCACCAGAUUUUUCCAAAAGUCCAGUGAAAAAAACAACACUUAUCCCUGCAGGUGGGGAAGUUAUUAUUGAGUGCAGGCCCAAAGCCUCCCCGAGGGCAACGUUCUCUUGGAAGAAGGGCAGUGAGGUUCUCAAGGAAAACAAAAGGAUAACAUUUCUUGAGGAUGGGAGCCUUCGAAUCAGCAAUAUAACCAAAUUAGAUGGCGGAAGGUAUACAUGUGUAGCGACAAAUGCAUUUGGCAAGUCAAGCAGCACAGGAAGCUUGGUGGUAAAAGACCCAACAAAGAUUAUUUUGCCACCUUUAAGCAUAGAUGCAACUGUAGGGGAAAGCAUUGUUCUACCAUGCGAAGUGUCCAAAGAUUCAACACUGGAUGUCACAUUCAAAUGGUUUUUUAAUGGGAAGCUAAUAGAUUUUAACCGACAAGGGGACCACUAUGAAAAAAUUGGAGGAAGUUCUGCUGGUGAUCUGAUGAUCAGAAAUAUUCAACUGAAUAAUGGUGGGAAAUAUGUCUGUAUGGUGCAUACAGUUGUGGAUACCGUGUCAGCAGCUGCAGACCUAAUUGUUAGAGGUCCACCGGGUCCUCCAGAACACCUGCAAGUGCUGGAGAUUGCAGAUAAAGCAGCCCAGUUAUCCUGGAGGCCUGGCUCUGACAAUGGAAGCCCCAUUACCACUUACACCAUACAGGCAAGGACACCGUUUUCAAUAGGAUGGCAAGCUGUUAAAACAGUUCCUGAAGUCAUACCUGGAAAUAUGUUGAGAACAACAGUAGUAGAUUUAAACCCUUGGGUGGAUUAUGAAUGCAGAGUGGUGGCGAGCAACAGUGUUGGGAUUGGGGAGCCAAGUGCACCAUCCAAACAAUUCAAAACCAAAACAGCAGUCCCUGAGGUGGCACCAGCUAAUGUGAGUGGGGGUGGAGGCUGUCGGUCUGAACUUGUCAUCACCUGGGAGCCUAUUCCUGAAGAAUUCCAGAAUGGUGAAGGGUUUGGGUAUGUCGUUGCUUUUCGACCAGCUGGUACAACUACAUGGAUGCAGACAGUGGUGGCAUCAGCUGAGGCUGCAAGAUAUGUUUUUAAAAAUGAAAGCAUUCCACCACUUUCUCUGUUUGAAGUCAGAGUUGGUGUCUACAAUAUUAUUGGAGAAGGGCCAUUCAGUCAGGUUACCACUGUCUAUUCAGCAGAAGAGGAGCCAAGUAUGGCACCAACCAGAGUACUGGCAAGAAGUUUGUCUGCUUCUGAAAUUGAAGUAUACUGGGAUCCUGUGCCAUGGGAAAUGAGCAGUGAAAGGAUUCUAGGUUAUGAGGUUGUAUACUGGGAAAAAGAUGAACUACAACAGCAGAAAGUCAGAUCAACAGAAGCAACAGCAAAUAUUACAGGCCUAAAGGGAAGCACACUGUAUUUUAUAGAAGUCAAGGCUUAUAACAGUGCUGGGACAGGGCCUCCAAGUGCUCCAGUAAACGUCACCACAAAAAAGCCACCACCCAGUCAACCUCCUGGAAAGAUUCAGUGUAACUUGACUAAUUCAAAGAUCUUUUUGAACUGGGAACAUGUAAAAGCAAUGGAAAAUGAGUCAGAGGUUAUUGGAUACAAGGUCAUAUAUCGGCCAAACUGGCACAGUAGAACAAAUGUUGUGGAAACAAAUAAAACAUCAGUGGAGCUCCAGCUUCCACCUGGGGAAGACUACUUCAUAGAGAUAAAAACGUUCAGUGAUGGAGGGGAUGGCAGUAGCAGCGGACCUAUUAGGAUUCCAAAGAUGUCAAGCUUGAAUUCAAAGGCACAGAGUGCUUUCAUAUCUAAUAUCGGCACAAUGACAGCUUUUAGCACAGUUGUGUUUUCAUUAAGUUCAAGAUUAGUGUUAUUGUGAUUCAAUUCAAUGGAGUGCCUUUUAUGGCACAAAUGGUUUCAAACUGGAGUGAAAGGAAUUCAGAAAAAGUGAUUAUCAAAAUGCAUAGAACAUAAGGAACAUGGACUUGAUUUACCAUAACAUUUUUGAAAUGCCUUAAAAGAAGAUCCAAUGCACUAAAUCAUUAGAUAAACAAACAUUUAACUUGGAAAGUAAGAAUUAUCAUAUUAUGCUAAAUAAACAGUGUAUGGCCGUUGCACGUGUAGACAAGACAUUUGCAGGUUAAUUGGAUCAUGAUUUUAGUGUCAAUAAGGCUGAAAUACUUCUUUACUUUGGUACAGAUGAGGGCAGUUAAGUAAAAAGUAGUUGUCCCAGUCAUUGUCCCAGUCAUUGUCCCAGUAGAUUGAGGAAAUCCAAGUCUUGCCAAUAAUGAGUUUGCUUUAGAGUAAUCAUGGUUUUUUGGAAGAGUUUUUCUAUUGUGUACUGCAAAAUGCAUCUGUGUAUUACAUCUGAUUCUGGAUAUAAAUGCUAUGUUAUUUUACAUUAGGUACCCAGGAUUUUUACAGAGGGUAUUUAAACCUCUGUUGAUAUUUUUUUUUCACUGUACAGGUAACACUUGAAAUUGAUAGCUCAUACUUUUAUAUGAAAACAGCAUAAUGGAAAUGUUAAAUCUCAAGCAAAGUUGUAAUCCAGAAGAAUAUUAAACUCAUGCAACACUGCUUACAUUUGUAAUAAUUAACUGCAGAAAGUAAUUACCAAGCAAGUCAGUGUAAUAACCGUGACUUCAAAUUAAUGGAUUAUAAAUUAUAUUCAAAAGAUCAAAUAGAAGUGGUAAUUUAGGGAACAUCAGCUGUUUUACAGCAUAACCAUCCCGAUAAACAAAUAGUAUAUAAUAUUCUGUGUUACUGGAGUGACCUAGUGCUUCCCUGUGCUGAUAAUAUACACCAACUCUAGAUAUGUGAUACAAGGUUUGAUGUCAUUAUUGAAUAACUAUUGCAUUCUCUUACUCAUAUUUGCAGUUGAUUGUUAAAUAGAAGGUGGUUUUGCAAAUCUUUGAGUUUUUUUCUUUUAUUUCUCUCUUUUCAAAAAUUCUGUUACCCCUUAUUUUUUAUUUAUUUUUUCCAAAUCUUUCAGACAUAGAAAUAUUCUGGUCUUUGUUCUUGUUUGAAGUUGUGUCAUAUUGCUGUUUAAUGACGUAUUGUACUUUAGGUUUGCUAGGAUGCUUUAAUACUGUUGUAUUAAUUCAAUAUCUUCAA